AUGUUCGAGCCGGGCCGCUCGGUGGUCGGCAAUGCCGGCCUGCUGCUGACCGAGGUGCAAUACCUCAAGCAUGGUGAAGAAAAGAACUUCGCCGUGGUCGAUGCCGCCAUGAACGAUCUGAUGCGUCCGGCCAUGUACGAAGCCUGGCAUGGCGUGCAGACCGUGAAGGAAAACGCCGGCCAGCCCCGCAUCUACGACGUGGUCGGGCCGGUGUGUGAAUCCGGCGACUGGCUGGCCCGCUCGCGCGAACUGGCCAUCCACGAGGGCGACCUGCUGGCCCUGAUGUCGGCCGGUGCCUACGGCAUGACCAUGGCCUCCAACUACAACACCCGUGGCCGUGCGGCCGAAGUACUGGUCGAUGGCAGCCAGGUCCACCUGGUCCGUGCCCGUGAAAAUCCGGCCGACCUGUUCGCGCUGGAAAAGAUCGUGGACUGA